AUGGCCGACGUUCCUGACAUGCAAAUGAUCCCGUAUCUGACGGCCGCGGAGCCACGUAACUUUGUGGAAAAGGGGUUACAACGCCACAACGACCUGCUGGAGCAGCUGGCUGCCCAGAUGGAUGAAUUGUUGGCCCUCGCCCGGGACGGCAGAGCCGGCGACGCCGUUCUGGCCGCGCAGUUGGCGUCGUUGCGGGAGGCCGUGCGGCCUCGCCACGGACUGUGCAUAGACCGUGCCUGCUUCUCCUGCCGGGUUCACGAGGAGGCCAUCAAGGAGCACGUUCUGCUCUACGUAGACUGGAAGCUCCCCGGAACGGUGCAGCAACUGGAACGACUCAAAAACCGCAAUUAA